GAGGAUUCUGGGAGUGGUAGUUCGGCCUCAUGGUUGGCGGGCGCUAGGCGUCCCCGCCGGUUGUUAGAUGCCUUUGUCGUCGGGCUCGGCUUCCUCAGUGUGUGGCUGGAGGUCGAACCCAGGGUAGAGGAGGGCUGAACGCAUCCCCUUUUAAUCUGAGUGUCCGGGAGGAGGGUGGCGGGAGGACCCCCGGGUGGGGGCGCCAGGCUGCCCACGCGUGCGUUCCCGGCCUCUUGGGAGACUCGAGCGGCGGACCUCCGGCCCCUUCCCCUGUCGCGGUUGCCUCCAGCGCGGGCCGGAGGAAGGAGUUUCCAUGGAACCUGGGGGCAGAGGAUCACUUUUUGAGGACUCAGACCUUCUCCAUGCUGGAAACCCAAAAGAAAAUGACGUGACUGCUGUGCUGCUGACCCCUGGGUCCCAAGAAUUGAUGAUCAGGGAUAUGGCCGAGGCUCUCACCCAGUGGAGGCAGCUGAACUCUCCUCAGGGAGAUGUGCCUGAGAAGCCUAGGAAUCUGGUCUUGCUGGGGCUUCCAAUUUCCACACCUGAUGUAAUCUCUCAGUUGGAGCAUGAGGAAGAGCUGGAGAGAGAAGUCUCAAAGGCAGCCAGUCAAAAGCACUGGGAAACAAUACCAGAAAGCAAGGAGCUAACUCCAGAGAAGGAUAUUUCUGAAGAAGAAUCGGCUCCUGGGGUGUUAAUUGUAAGAUUUUCAAAGGAAAGUUCUAGUGAAUGUGAGGAUUCUUUAGAGAGUCAGCAGGAAAACCAUGAGAAACAUUUAAUACAAGAGGCUGUCACUGAGAAAUCUUCUAGGGAGAGAAGCUACCAAUCUGAUGAAUUUAGAAGAAAUUGCACUCAGAGGUCCUUACUUGUUCAGCAGCAAGGAGAGAGACUACAUCAUUGUGAUUCAUUUAAAAAUAACUUAAAACAAAAUUCAGAUAUAAUUAGGCAUGAGAGAAUUUGUGCAGGAAAGAAACCUUGGAAAUGCAAUGAAUGCGAGAAAGCCUUCAGUUACUACUCAGCUUUUGUCUUGCAUCAGAGAAUUCACACAGGAGAAAAACCCUAUGAAUGUAACGAAUGUGGUAAAGCCUUUAGCCAGAGCAUACACCUUACUCUGCACCAGAGAAUUCAUACUGGGGAGAAACCCUAUGAAUGUCAUGAGUGUGGGAAAGCCUUCAGUCACCGCUCAGCCCUUAUUCGGCAUCAUAUAAUUCAUACUGGAGAAAAACCCUAUGAAUGCAAUGAAUGCGGGAAGGCCUUUAAUCAGAGUUCAUACCUCACUCAACAUCAGCGAAUUCAUACUGGAGAGAAACCUUAUGAGUGUAAUGAAUGUGGGAAGGCCUUCAGCCAAAGCACAUUCCUUACCCAGCAUCAGGUCAUUCACACUGGAGAGAAACCUUAUAAGUGUAAUGAAUGUGGCAAAGCCUUUAGUGAUCGGUCAGGUCUUAUCCAGCACCAGAGAACUCAUACUGGGGAGCGGCCUUAUGAGUGUAACGAAUGUGGGAAAGCCUUUGGCUACUGCUCAGCCCUGACUCAGCACCAGAGGACUCACACUGGGGAGAAACCCUAUAAAUGCAAUGAUUGUGCCAAAGCCUUCAGUGACCGCUCAGCCCUUAUUCGUCAUCAGAGAACACACACCGGAGAGAAACCUUACAAAUGUAAAGAUUGUGAUAAAGCAUUCAGCCAGAGCUCAUCUCUUACAAAGCAUCAGAAAACUCACACUGGAGAAAAGCCCUACAAGUGUAAGGAAUGUGAAAAAGCCUUUAGCCAGAGUUCAUCCCUCUCUCAACAUCAGAAAACUCAUGCUGGAGUGAAAACCAAGAAAUAUGUCCAAGCUCUUAGUGAGCAUUUAACCUUUGGCCAACACAAGAGAAUUCAUACUGGAUAAAGACUAUGUAAAUGUGGUACAUUCAGAACAUAGUUAUUGAGCAUUUACCAUACUUGCUGUGGGGGUCUACAAAGAAAUUUAAGACUGUGUUGCAAAAAAGUUAUUGACAAGUCAUUGCUGAUGUGGGAGGUAGCAUGAUUAGACUGUGAAAGUAUAGUUUUACAUUUUUAAAAGUGUUCUGGCAGAGGACACUGACAUUCCCUCAGGAAAGAGGAAAAUUAUUUGUAACACCCUAACGUGUAUGUAAAUUGCCAUAUCCUUGGGAGAGAAAUGGGGUGUGCCAUGGUGGAAACGGGACAUCUUGACUGUGCCAGGUAUUUUCAUAAUACUAAGAAUAUAAGUUUUAAAUAGACAAGUUAUCCUUUUAGGGAAGUUGCAUGGGUAGAAAAAAGAGAUUGAGAAUUCACAAUGAGUUUGUCCAGAGUCAGGAGUGGUGGUGGAAGGGAAGUUGUCCUUCAUUCUUAAGUUUAAGGAGCCAAAGGAAGUAGAGGGAAAGGAUAGAAAAAAAGAGCUAGGGGAAUGAACCCAAGAAAUGUUGAUUAUGAGAACUACUCAACUGAAUAUUCACAACCAUGAGAAAUAUAGACUUGCUAGUUGGUCAGUUGAAAAGUUUCUGUGAGGGUAGCCUUACCCUGCAACUAAGGAAUGUUGGCUGCAGGGUAAUGCAGGGUGUUUGCUUUUGGACUUUUUGUCUUUUAGACCUUGCUUAUUGAGACAUUGCCUACUAAAUCAUGUUAAUUCCAAGGGUCAAGAACAACAGCUUAGAAAAUUGAGUACAGAAGAGACCUUUGAUGUGUUCAAACUGUUUUAAGUUAUCUGAGUUACCUGAGAAUGUGCUUAUUUACAAAGAUUUACCUCAGUUGUAUCUAGUUUGUACCUUAGAUUUUUUUAUAGCUUAUAGUAAAGUUUAGUUGUAGAUUUGCACUGACACUGCAUAUUAGAUUAUGAAAAACUCGAAAAGACUUUGACAUACCUUUUACCAUUUUACUCUUGGGUAGAGGCAGGUGGCAUCUUUUUAUAAUUUUUUCAUUGAAACUUUGAAGAUUAUUGGACAUAUUAUUUUGAGUGCAGUGUUUUUAAUUUUAGGAAGUUAUACUAUGAUGUAUCUUGGUGUGAAUUUCUUUUAGUUUACCCUGUUUGGGGUUUGCUUAGCUUCUUCAAUCUGUAGGUUUAUGUCUUUUGCCAAAUUUGGGAGAUUUUCAGCCCUCAUCUCUUUAAAUACAUUUUAGCCCCCACCUUCUACUCCUUUUCUUCUGGGACUCUAAUGAAAGAAAUGUUAGCUCUUUGGUUGUAGUCUCACAAGUUCCUGAGGCUCUGUUCAUUUUUUCUUGACGAUUUUUGUCUGAAUCUGCUCAAUCUGCCAUAACAAGAUAGCAUAGACUGACUGAGUGGCUCAAAAAAAUAUGUAUUUGUAACAGUUCUGGAGGCUGGGACGUCCAAGAUCAAGGUGCCUGCUGACUCUGCUUCUAGUGAGGGCUUUCCUCCUGGCUUACAGAUAGCUGCCUUCUCACUGUGUCUUCUCAUGUCUGUAGUGCAUGCAGAUGGGGGGCCAGUUGGGAAAGGGAGAGAGAAAUAGCUCCCUCUUCUUAUCAGUCCACCAGUUCUAGCAGAUUAGGACUCUGCCCUUAUUACCUCAUUUAACCCUAAUUACCCCCCUGAAAACCCUGUCUCCAAAUGAAUUCACACUGGGGAUUAGGACUUCAACAAAAUUUUGGGGAAGAGGGGAUACGUUUAGUCCAUAACAUUCCACCCCAGCCCCCCACCGAAUUUAUGUCCUUCUGUGCAGAAUACGUUUAUUCCAUUCCAACAGCCCCCAAAGCCCUAACUCAUUCUAGCAUUAGCUCUAAAGUCAAGACCUUCAGGUAAAUAUCACCUAAAUCAGAUAUGGCUAAGACUCAAGAUACAAUUCAUCCUGAGGCAAAAUUACUCUGCAGCUGUGAACCUGUGAAACCAAACAAGUUAUGUGCUUCCAAAAUACAUUUGUGAUCUGGACAUAAUGUAGGCAUUCCCAUUCCACAGGGGGAGAAAUAGGAAAGUACGAGGAGGGAUGCAUCCUGAGCAAGUCUAAAACUUAGCAAGGCAAAUUACAUUAGGCCUUCGUUUCGUCAGAUCUUGUGAGAAUAACCCUCUUUUGCUCAAUGCUCUGCCUUCCAGAUCCACUGGGGUAGUGGUCCUAUCUCUGUGGUACUGCCAGGUAGCCCCUCUCCUAAGCCUCUGCAGGACAAUUCUGCCCCUAAGUCUUCAGUUGGAGGCUUUCUGUUCUGUUGAGACCAGGGUGAUGGUUCCACCCUUUGAAACAGGAGGCAUCCCCAAUGGUCUCUGAAUUGCUUUCAGGGUCAUUCUCUUUUCUUGAAGGAUAACACAUAUUCAUAGACAAAUGGCUCUCUAGUCUGGUUCUAUAGGAUCUAAGAAGUCCUAAAGCCUGCCUUCAUUUUAUUUUGUUGUUUUUCUGUCCCCUUUAGUGCCAGGUGGCUGUGUUUCUGCUGUUAUAAUCCCAUUUAUAUUCCUGGCUUCUCCUGGGGCUGCUAAACCCAUCUGAUCUAUUUAUCAAAUGGUUGUUAAGCCACACUCUUAGUGUUUUCUUCGUAGCAAAUUUUCUCAUAUUUUUGUGAUAUGGAUAGAAUUUUCAAAUCUCUUUAAUUGUGCUUCCUUGUUUCUUAACAGUUCCUUUUUCACUUAAUGUCUCUCCUCUCACAUUUUACUACAAGCACUAAGGGGACCCAAGCUGUGCCUUCAGUGCUUUGCUUAGAAAUCUCCUAAAUAAACACUUUCAUCACUCUCAAGUUCUGCCUUUCAGAAAACACUAGAACAGUUCAGAGAAGUUCUUUGCCACUUUAUAACAAGAACCACCUUUUUUUUUUCCCAGUUCUAAUAACAUGUACCUCAUUGCCAUCUGAGACCUUGCCAGAGUGGCCUUUAAUAUCCAUAUCUCUAGCAUGUACCUCAAAACUCUUUUAGCCUCUACCCAUCACCCAGUUCCAAAGCUGCCUUCACAUUUUGAGGUAUUUGUUACAGCAGCAUCCCCCUUCUGGGUACCAAAAUCUCAAUCUGCUUGUUCUGCCAUAACAAAAAUCCGUAGACUGGGCAGCUCAAACAACAGAAAUUUAUUUCUCACAGUCUUGGAGGCUGUAAGUCUAAAAUCAGGGUCCAACAGCGUUCAGUUCCUGGCUUGUAGAUGGUUGCCCUCUCACUGUGUUCUCACAUGACAUUUUCUGAGUGCAUAGGUGUGGAGAGAAAUUGGAUUGGGACCCCACCUUUAAGGUCUCUUUUAACCUUAAUUACUUCCUCAGAACCUAUCUCCAAAUAUAGUCACAUUGAGGGUUAGGGUGUCAACAUAAUGAAUUGGGGUCGUGGGGCCAUAGUUCAUAACAGUUUUCUCUCUUCAGAUUGAGCAUUUUCUUUUUGUUUGUUUGUUUGUUUGUUUGUUUGAGAGGGAGUCUCGCUCUCGUCCAGGCUGGAGUGUAGUGGUGUGAUCUCGGCUAACUGCAAGCUCCGCCUCCCAGGUUCAUGCCAUUCUCCUGCCUCAGCCUCCCAAGUAGCUGGGCCUACAGGCGCCUGCUACCAUGCCUGGCUAAUUUUUUUUUUUUUUUUAAUAUUUUUAGUAGAGACACGGUUUCACCAUGUUAGCCAGGGUGGUCUCGAUCUCCUGACCUCAUGAUCCGCCCACCUCGGCCUCCCAAAGUGCUGGGAUUACAGGCAUGAGCCACCGCCCCGGCCAAGUAUUUUCUGUUUUUAUAUCUUCAAGUUCACUAGAUCUUCCCUCUGUCCUUUUGAUUCUGCUGUUGAGACCAUCCUUGAGUUUUAUUUCAGUUAUUGUAUUUUUCAGUUCUGUUUGAUUCUUUGUUCUGUUUCCUUGCUGAGAGCCUUUCUUUGCUUAUUUUGUUUGUAUUAAGCAUGUUUGUAAUUACUCAUUGAGGCAUUUUUGUGAUGGCUGCUUUAAAAUCCUCGCAGGUUAUCCGUUAGGAUAACAGAUGUUAAUCUGUGUCGUCUCAGUGUUGACAUCUUUGGGUUAUCUUCUCAUUUAAGUUGAGAUUUUCUUGGUUCUUGGUGUGAUGAGUGAUUUUCAGUUGAAGUCUGGACAUUUUGAGUAUUUUGGUAUGAGAUUUGGUAUCCUAUUUAAGUCUUCUGCAUUGACAGGCCUCCUCUGAUACCACUGUGGUGGAGAAAGUGUUGCAGGGGGUGCUGCCUCAUUACUUUAAGUUGAUGUUGGAAGUCCAGGUUCACCGUUGACCUCUAAUGACUCCUGGGGCAGGGGUCCUUAAUACUGCUGGGCAAGGGUGGGAUUUACAGCUCCCCACUAGGCCUCUGCUGACACCACACUGGCUGGGGAAGAUCAGGAAUGCCUUGUUAUUGCUACUUACAUGGCCUCGAUUGACAGCAUGGUGUGGGGUUGAGGGUAACAUCAUUACUAUUGGGAAUUGGUGUAAGUCCUGACCCCCCACUUGGCUUCCACUGAGACCACACCAGUAAGGAAGAAGAGAGAUGGCUCUGGGUAGGGGGGACGCUGCCAGGGCAAUGUGUGGGGAGGGGUGGGUUUUAGAAAUCUGUCUGCUCAGUUGGUCUUCUCUGAUACCACCCCAGGGUAAAGGUGGAGGACUGAGGAGCCUUGUUACAGCCUGGUGAGGGUGGAAGUAUAGGUGUUUGUUGGCGGGGAUAGGACCAUAGCUUUCUUCUGUGGUCUUUGAAGUAGGAUUGUGGUUUUCUAAACAUUUUCUGUCUUGCUAGGCUGCUCCCUUCCCAGUCCUUUGGCUAGAAAAAGCAGAUUUUUCUUGGGGCUUUUUUUUUUUGGUCUGUGCCUGUUGGCGUUUCCGGGUUACCAGCUUCUCUAGAACCCGAUCUGGGAUAGAUGAGGCAAUAAGAAAGCCCAAGAAAGUCACUGCUGUGUUCUUCCUCAGGUUCUGAGGUCCCUGGCCAGUCCAUUCUCUCUCCACCUUUUAGAACUUUCUUAUGUUUGCUUUGUAUAUAAUAUCCUGGAUUUUUAGUUGUAGUUAGUGAGAGCAAUAGGAGAAAGUAGUGCUCCAUCUUUCCCAUGACAUCCUUGUGCUUGACACUGAAAUCACACAUCAAGUUGUGGUAUAUAUAGGGUUUGUGGUAUAUAACCUAAGGGUUUGUGGUAUAUACAGGUCAUUUGUCCUGAAGAUAAGCUGCCAAUUUGAUAGGUAGAAACUAUCAGCCUGCUUCAUCUAGCUUUGAAGGAACAAUAGUUUAUAAAUUGAGGAAACACCAGUAUUUAAUUGUAGGUUAUAAACUGGAGAAGAAUAGCUAUGACUAAGAAUGUAAACUGUAGGGUUACAUUUUUUUUAUUUGUAUUUUUGUUUGAAAAACAUAUGAGAAGCACUGGAGAACUGGACUCAGAAUUUCGGAUUUUUUUCCAAUUAUAUAUUAUCUACAUGUGGCUAUCUGUUCACUUUAAUUUGCCAUAUGACAUAUGAUAUCAUAGAGAAUCAACAAAAUAAAGAAUGAAAAUAACUGAGAUUUGGGACAAGUCACCUUCAUCCUUUGAAAUCUGUUUCCUCAUAGAUAUAUGUUUUAAAAUUUAAUGCCUACUUGAGAAUGAUUGCAAGAGUUAGGUCGAAAAUGGAUGCAAAUGUGGUUUGUAAGCUAUCAGGUGCUACGUAACUAUUAGGUAUUAUUCAUAUAGUCAUUUAGAAGACAUAUCCAUCAUGUAUGCUUCACAGUGGUGUAGCCCAAUAAAAACAACUGUGAAUAUAAUGGAAUGAGGCUUUUUAUCUUUUUAAGUAAGUUUUCUGGGAUCCUGUUAAAAUCUGCAGCUUUUGAGAUAAUCAUAUGGUUCCUUUUAAUCUAUUAAUGUGGUAAAGUACAUUGAUUUUCUGAUGUUAAAGAAUCCUCGCACUUCUGGGAUGCAAUUUCAUGAUUUUUUUCUCCAUCUCUGGGGGAGUUUGUGUCCCUUGAAUUUUAGUUGUAUUCAUCUGUUAAACUGGGAUUAUUGUGUUUGUAGUGUGUGGUAUGGUUGGUUUUAGGGGCUAUUUAGAUUUACUGUUUCUUCUAGAAAGUUGUAGGUUUUUCUAAAAAUGUAUCCUUUUUGGUCAUCGAGUUGUUUAAAAUAUUUUUAUUUUCAAGUACUUGUUCUGUUUGAACUUAGUCCCAUUUUUCUUUCCUGAUAUUGCUUAUUUGUAUCCUUUCUUGGUAAUGUUUCUAGAGAUGUGUCAACUUUACUAGUCUUUUAAAAUAACUGACUUUUUGAACUUUUGCAAAAAUCAACUUUUAUCAAAGUGCACAAUAAAAUUCACCCACUUAAAGGUGUUUGCUAUGGUGGAUGAAGAUAUUACCCUUGUAACUACCACCAUAAUUGUGUGUGUGGUUAUAAUAGUUCCUUCUUCUCCUCCUCCCUCCCUCUCUCCUCCUCCUCCCUAUCUUCCUCCUCCUUUCACCCCUUUCUCUUUCUUCCUCCCUUCUUCCUUUCUUCCUUCCACAGUUCUGUCUUAAAAUGACCUAUGUAGACUUGUGUCACCAUCACCACAAAGGGUACAGAACAAUUCCACUGCACCAACAAAUUCCACCUGUGCUGCUUUUUUUUAAGAGUGGCUCCCCACCCGGCAUUGAGUGUAAAAGCUUUGAUUUUCAUCAGUGUUGUGUCAUUUAUUCAUUUUUAUUGCUGAGUAGUUUUCCAUGUUAGGUACCACAAUAUUCUUAGCCAUUAACCCACUGAAGCACAUUUAGGUUGUUUAUAAUUUUUAGUGAUUAUGAAUAAAACUAUUAGAGACAUUAGGUUUUUGUAUGAACAUAAAUAUUCAUCUCUGUAGGGUAAAUAUUGGAGUGAAAUGGUGAGGUCAUAUGGUGAGUGUAUGUUUACCUUUGUAACACAGGGCCAACCUUUUCCAGAAUGAUUGAUUAAUUUUGUUUUCCCACCAGCAACGUAAGAAGAUGUGGUUGCUCCAUAAUUUGCCAACACCGGGUAUUCUCAUUGUUUUUAUUUUAUCCAUUCUAGUAGAUGUGUAGUGGUAUCUCAAUGUGGCUUCAAUUUGCAUUUCCCUAAUGACUAAUGAUGUUGAGCAUCUUUUCGUGUGCUUAUUGUCCAUCUGUGUAUCUUUGAUGAAGUGUUCAAAUCUUUUGCCAUUUUAAAAGAAUUCUAUUGUUUGUUUUCCUAGUUUAGUUUUGUAGUUUGUGGCUUGUCUUUUUAUUCUCUUUUAUUCAAUUUUUAUUUCAGUGUCUUUUAUAAAGCAAAGGUUUUAAAUUUUAAUGAAGUCCAGUUUUUCCCUCUAUGGACCAUACUUUGAUGUCAUAUUUAAGAACCCCAUCCCUAACUAAUGUUUAGGAAAUUUUUCUUCUACUAGCUUAAUGAUAAUGUUUUUCACUUACAUCCAUUUUAGGUAAUUUUUAUAUAAGGUGUUAAAUAAAGGCCCAGGCUCAUUGUUUUUACAUGUGGUUAUCCAGAUGUUUCAGCAUCAUUUGUGGAAAACAGUGUUUCUCCAUUGAAUUGCCUUUGCCCUUUUGUCAACAAUUGAUGGAUCAUAGUUAAGUGGGUCUGUUUCUCAGUUUUCUGUUCUAUUCCAUUGAUCUAUGUGUCCAUCCCUUUGCCAAAGCCACACAUUGUCUUGAUUACUGUAGCUUUGUAGUAAAUCUCAAAAUCAGGUAAUGUAAGCCCUUCAAAUUUAUUCUUUUUCUAAUUUAUAUGUUUCCACUGUCAUAUAUUUGUCUAUAUAUUAUGUCAAGUUUUACUUUAUAUAUUUUGACACUCAGUUGUUAUCCGAAUACAGGCUAAGAAUUGUCAUAUCUCUGGUGAUUUGAAUGUUUUCCCAUUACAUAGCAACUUUCUUUAAACAUAAGAAUACUUUAUAACAGAUAAUAUUGGGGUUUUGGGGGAGGAGGUUUGAAACAAGGUCUCACUCUCACCCAGGCUGCAGUACAGUGGUGGUGCGAAUUUGGCUCUUUGCAACCUCAACCUCCUGGGCUCAAGCAGUCCUUCCACCUCAGUCUCUCGAGUAGCUGGGAUUACAGGCAUGCACCACCACACCCAGCUAAAUUUUUUGCAUCUUUUGUAGAAAUGGGGUUUCACCAUGUUGGCCAGGCUGGUCUUGAAAUCAUGAGCUCAAGCAAUCUGCCCACCUUGGCCUCCCAAAGUGCUGGAAAUACAAGCAUGAGCCACUCUGCUCCACCACAGAUUUAUUGAGAUAUAAUUUAUAUACCAUAAAAUUCAUCCAUUUAAAAUGUACAAUUCAGUGUUCUUUGUGUAUUCACAGAGUUGUAUGACCAUCACCACAAUAAAUCUUAGAACAUUAUCACCUCUAAAAUAAAACUUUUAGCUAUAACCUCU